AUGGAAGCUAUCGUGCACAAGCCGGCGGCGAGGCAGCAGACGAUCAAGAAGGAGCCCGAGCCGGGCACGGUUAUCGUGCACAAGCCGGCGGCGAGGCAGCAGAGGAUCAAGAAGGAGCCCGAGGCUGGCACGGUGCGCAGGCUUGUUCGUGUCUUUUGCGACGACUGUGACGCCACGGACUCUUCCGGCGACGAGGCCAUCGGCGACCACGCGCCACGGGGAGUCCGCCUGUUUGUCAGGGAAAUACGCCUCGAUCAGCCUGCCUGUUGCAAAGGCUUGUCGUCGUCCGCAGCUCCGGCUCCGGCUCCCGCCGGGAAAGCUGGCGGUGUCAAAAGGAAAGCGAUGGGAGCAGCGUCGGUAAUGGCGGCUGGCGCGACGGGCACGGCGGAGCGGAGGUUCCGCGGCGUGCGGAGGCGGCCGUGGGGGAAGUACGCGGCGGAGAUCCGCGACCCGCAGAAGGGCCAGCGGUUGUGGCUGGGCACCUUCGACACCGCCGAGGAGGCCGCCAGGGAAUACGACAGCUUCGCUCGCCGCCUCCGCGGGCCCUCGGCGACGACCAACUUCCCCGCGCCACCGUCGACACCUCCCGCCGUUCCUGCCGUGCCCAACUGCGUGACCGACCUCUCUUCCGCUGAAGAAUCCAGCGACGAGUCCCAGCACUUGGGCUCGCCGCUCUCCGUACUCCGCACAAUGCCGGGCGAGACGGCAGCCGACCCUGUGCCGCUCAUACCCACGGACGCCGCUGAUGCUACAAGACAGAAGCCCUCCUCCGGUACGUCAUGCGGCAGCGGCCUCUGCCCGUUCUUUGCCGACGUGCUCCUCCCGCACGACGAGGACGUGUUCUUCCCCGUGGUCUCCUUCGCCGAGCCUGCGCCCGGCGCACUGUUCGACGACCUCACCAUGCCGCAGCUCGACUACGUCGCCAGCUCGUCCACGCUCGACCUCGGCGACCUCCCGAUGUGGCCGGGCGUGGACGGCUGCUGCUUCAGCGACAUCGGCGACGACCUCUUCGCCGCCGAUCCUGUUCCGGCACUGUGA